ACCUUGGAGGUUGAACGGGACAGGGACAAGGGUGUACCAUCUCCCUUUCCCAGUCCUUUACCUCUUGUUGCUCCUCCCUUGUCGCUUCUACCCCGCCCCUUACAUUCCUAAACUUCCUGGGACGGAACUGUUUGGCUUUUUCCGGCCCAAGUUGAGGGUAGGGGUGCCUUUGGCCUUUGGGAAAAAUGGAGCCUAGGAGGGCGGCGCCUGGGCCACCCGGCUGGAGGCCUCGAGUGCCCUCAGGGUCCGCGACGGCAGCUGAGCUCGUGUACCAUCUAGCGGGGGCCCUGGGCACUGAGCUGCAACUGCUGGCUCGCCGUUUUGGCCCGGAGGCAGCGGCGGGGCUGGUGCCGCUUGUGGUGCGGGCGCUGGAGCUCCUGGAAAAGGCUGCGGUUGGGCCCUCCCCGGACUCGCUGCAGGUGUCUGCACAGCAGGCCGAACUGGAGCUGCGGUGGUUGAGGCAGGAGAACGAGCACCUCCGUAGAGAACUACGCUCGCCGCAGGAGGAGCGAGCGCUGCUGCAGCAGCUCAAGGAGGUGACGGACAGACAGCGGGACGAGCUCCGGGCUUAUAACCGCGACCUGCUGCAACGCAGCCAGGAGACGGAGGCUUUGCAGGAGCAGCUGCAGCGCCUCCUGCUGGUGAAUGUGGAGCUGCGACACAAGCUGGCAGCCGUGCAAGCCCAGCUGCGGGCAGCACAGGACCGCGAGAGGGCGCACGAGCUACCACUGAAAAGCCCUGACAAGCAUGCUGAAGAGCAGAGGCGGAAGCCUGAUCCAAUAACCCCUGAGGACCCGGUGUAUACCCCACUGCAGCCAGAGCACCCUCCAGAGGCAGGGCAGUGUGGCUUAAGCAGGGAGGAGGUUGAGCAGAUCCUUCAAGAGCGGAAUGAACUCAAAACCAAUGUGUUCCUGCUCAAGGAGGAGUUGGCCUACUUCCAGCGGGAAUUGCUCACAGACCACAGAGUCCCUGGGCUUCUGCUUGAAGCCAUGAAGGUGGCUGUCAGGAAGCAGCGGAAAAAGAUCAAGGCCAAGAUGUUAGGGACACCAGAGGAAGCAGAAAGCAGUGAUGAUGAGGAUGGCUCAUGGCUCCUGCUCUCCAGCAAUAAAGGAGAUGACCCUCCACCCCCUGAAUCCAGAAUACAGAGUUUCUUUGGCUCGUGGUUUCAGAAUGAAGCAGAGGUCCCAGAAGCUAAGACCAGCAACACAACUCCCAGUGAACUAGGGGGAGAAGAGGAAACCCCACACUUGGAGCCUGUGGGCACCCCUCCAGCCCCCAACUCCUGACUGGCACUACUUUUGAAGAAAAUCUUGAUCUGAGGCCCUCAGCUGCCCUAGAGGCCUGACUUUGGGGUCUGGCAGUGGACGGAUGUGUGGGCUCAAGUGAGGAUAGAGCUCCUACCUUCACACCCUCCCUGGUGCUCAUCUCCUGUCCUACCUGCACCCACCAUGACAGAGAGCUGAGCCUGCCUCACUUCCUGACUUUUCUGCAUCAGGCCUUGGGCCAUCUAUGCAAAGGUGUUUCCUCUCCAAGUUCAUUUCCCCAUUCAUGAAACAGAGGACUGUCUACUGCCUGGGGGUUUGUGCAGAUGACUUGAGCUAAUGUAAUAAAGCUACUUCCCACAUUACCCAAAAACUGUUCCA